AUGGCAACAGUAACCAAGACCGAGCCCGGCCCGUCUUAUAAGCUGGAGCUGAUGACGGCUUAUGGGCCCGUCUACCGGGACGUGCUGAGGACGGCCCCACGGGACUGCGACCCUUCCGAGGUCCCCGCCGCCGAGAACACGGGCUUCUUCUACAUCAAAAAUGCCGGUAUUUCGAAGGAGGUUAUCGAUGCCGCCUACGGCCAGGCCAAGAACCUGUUCGCGCAGCCGGACGAGAAGAAGCGCGCGGUGUCGACGGCGCACUCCAAGUGGUUUAACGGGUGGACCGAGAAGCACGGGAGCCACCUCUCGCCGUCUGAGACGCGCGACUACCGCGAGGGCUUCGGGUGGCGCUACGAUCCAAAAGGGGAGGACUUUGUGUGGGAGAAGACGAGCCACAUCCCCGACUUCAAGCGGGAUAUGAUCGCAUACUGGCAGGAGUGCCUGAAGCUUGCACGCCGCAUGAUCAGGAUCUUUGCCCUCGCCCUGGACCUUCCCGAGACUUACUUCGAUGAAAUUGUCACUUAUCCGGGAGCUGAUGGGGUGCUGAACUACUACCCCAAGAACGAGGACGCAGCCGAUGCCUCCAUCGACGUCGGCCUAGGCGCGCACACGGACCUGCAGUCCUUCACCUUCCUCUGGCAGGACUCGGUAGGAGGCCUGCAGGUCCUCACCAAGGAGGGCCAAUGGAUCAGGGUGCCCCCGAUCCCGGACACGUUUGUGGUGAACAUUGGCGACUUCCUGGCGAGGCUUUCCAACGACCGCUUCAGAUCAACCGUGCACCGAGUCUAUAACCACGCGCCGGUCGAUAGAUACUCAAUGCCUUUCUUCUUCGGCUUCAACUUCAACGAGAAGUGCGGCGUGCUCCCGACGUGCACGAGUGAGAGCAACCCGCCCAAGUAUGAACCCAUCACCUGUGGAGAGAUGGACUUCUCAGACAGCUUUCGCAUCGUCAACCUGGUGGUUGCCGUUAUCAUGAUCCUCGGCGGCAUCUCCCAGUUCUUCCCGCUCGGCUUCCAAUCCAUCAUUGUUGGAUGCUAUGUCAUGAUCUUCGGUCUCGCCACCGGCCUCCUCGAGUUCCAGAUCCCGCCCCAGGUCUCGCGCUACGCGUCCUUCCUCUUCAGCUUCAUCGGCCGCGGCGCCUUCUACAUCUUCGUCGGCUCCAUCCUGCUCGACGGCCACGUCCUGCGCAUAAUCGCGGGCUCCAUCGUCGGCCUUAUUGGUGUCUGUUAUGCAGUUCUUGAGUUUAUCCCCAGCAUCGAGCCCCCCGCCAACAUGAGGGAGGCCGACGCCGGCUGGGGUGCCGAGCAGGUAUAG